UCGGUAUAAAUGAAGAAGCAUCUGCUGGUAGAACGAGCUCCGCCCCUUUGCUUCAAGAGGAAAUCAUCCCAGUUGGACUGAGAUGAUGCAGUCAACAACUGUCCUCCUGCUGCUCUUGCCUCAGCUGGUUUUCUCCACAACUGAAGGUAUCAUUGGACGUUUAAACCAAUCAGAGACUGCCAGUGAGGAACUGUCUGACGCACCGGUCAAAGACCAAAAGGCUUUUAGGCAGGCCAAAGAUCACGAUGCUUGCUCCAUCCCAUGUGACAUUGCCGUCAAGCUCCUCCGGGAUGAGAAACACUCGAUCUGUGGCCAGUUGCAACAGUCUCUGCUGGCGUUUGGACGCAGCACCCGGAAACUGAUCAGGGACGUGAUGGAGGAGCAGCAGAGAGCUCUGGACGCCCUGAGCAGUCAGGUCACAGAACUGACGAGCAAAGUGCAGACGCUGAGCUCCGAGGUCCAGAGAAGCAACAGCGAGAUGUACUCCAUAAAACCUGUGCAAUCCCACGGACGAGAUUGCAGCGACAUCAAGGACAGCCUGACGUCCGUUGUCCCGAAGAUCCCCAGUGGUAUCUACAUAAUCCAUCCAGAGGAAACGGAUUCUUCUUUCGAGGUCUUCUGUGAGAUGGACUACAUGGAAGGUGGGUGGACCGUGAUGCAGAGGAGGACUGACGGAUUGAAUGACUUCAAACGAUCCUGGGCUGGUUACGUCGAUGGCUUUGGAAACCUUGCAGGGGAACACUGGUUGGGUCUAAAGAAGGUUUUUCACAUCGUCAACCAGAAAGAUGCUCGCUUCCAACUUCACGUAGCUCUAGUGUCCAACAACGAUGUCACGUCCUAUGCAUCCUAUGAUGACUUCCGCCUUGAUAACGAAACCCAGUUCUUCAGAAUCCACCUGGGCAGAUAUGCAGGCAGCGCCGGUGAUGCUUUUCGUGGCUACGAUCAGGAGCAGAACCAGGACACGGCUCCGUUUAGCGCCUCGGACGUGGACAACGACGGGUGCAACCCUUCAUGCAGCUUGGCCAACGGGACGGUGGAGAGCUGCAGCAUCCUACACAACCACACAGGGUGGUGGUUCAACCAAUGCGGGCUGGCGAACCUCAACGGUUGCCCUGAAGACGAGGACCUGAACAAAGGGAAGAGGACACACAUCCUUUGGGACACCUGGCGGCAGAGUGGCGUGCCGUACACCAUCAAAUCUGUUACAAUGAAGAUCAGGAGGCUUGCAACCAAUAACUGAGACCCACUGAUAGAGAAGCAUUAAUGUGUCCCUGACAAUGUUGCUCAAAUAUUUGGUACCAUACAACAUAUUACAGCUUGUAAUUGAACUCAGAAAGGACUUUCCAAAACCUGUUCCAGAACUUCAUAGGUACUUUCUGGAACUUUUUAUUGAGCUUUUCAGGUUAGUUUAAUGAAAUUACCCGGUAAGAUGCAGAAAGUAACCUCCUGAAAGGUUUGUGGACAGUUAUGUUUUAUGUUCAGUAAAAGUACAGCCUGUGUUAUUUAGUGCUACAAAAUAUCUAUUAGAUUACAUUUUAACACAAAGACUUUUCAAACUAUUACUAGAGGCAAUUUUGGUUUGUCUCAAUAGGAUAAAUUCACGUGUGAAACUCCACCACAAAUGUAAAAAAUAACUGAUCACUGUUUCUCUGAAGUAGUAGUCCCUGGUAUGCACAAAAAAAUGUAGGAUUUUAAAAAUAAUUGAUGGUUCUGUUUAAUUCUCAUGGAACUUUUACCUUACUUUUAUUUUGUAUAUUUGAUUCUGAAUGUUUGUAAAAAAAAAAAAUGCAAUAGCCAACAUAAGUUUUCUGUCACUAUGUCUCUCUUCAUUAGGAGGAAAUUAAAAAGCAAAGCAAAACAUU